AUGAAGAACUUUGGGUAUAACCAAAGUAAUGCAGAUCAUACUCUCUUCAUAAAGAACAAAGAUGGAAAGGUAACAACAUUGAUUGUGUAUGUUGAUGAUAUGGUUUUGACUGGUGAUGAUCCAUGCGAAAUGAAGUUAUUACAAAAGUAUCUAGAACCUGGAUUUGAUAUGAAAGAUUUGGGACAACUCAAAUACUUCUUAGGCAUCGAGAUUGCUCGAUCUAAACAGGGAAUCUUUCUCUCUCAAAGAAAAUAUAUACUGGAUCUUCUUGCUGAUACAGGAUUGCCUGCAUGCAAACCAGUGGAAACACCUAUAGAGAUGAACCAAACACUUGGUAUCUUCCCUAAUCAAGUCCCAACCGAUAUUGGCAGGUAUCAAAGGUUAGUUGGUAGACUAAUUUAUUCAUCGCACACUAGGCUAGAUAUAGCUUAUGCCGUAAGUGUUGUGAGUCGCUUCAUGCAUGCUCCUAGUGUGGACCAUAUGAAUGUUGUAUAUCGAAUUCUUAGGUACCUAAAGGGUGCCCCCGGCUGA